AUGGACGCUCUCCUCGGCAGCAUGCCUCGGAACGCAGGGUCUAACCCACCAACCAGCCGCGUCUUCGGCGAGGAGUUUGCGGGCUCCGGCAGCAGACGACCUGGUAGGAGGCCAGGCCUGGAUUUCAGCCAAAUGGCGACGACCGAUGGGAUGCUAAAUCCCACCCUCGCCAACAAACCCUCCGAGGCGUCACCACUCGCUGUACAACAAGAAGAGACAUUUGCCCAGUUCCCGCGCUUGAACCCCGCAUAUGGACGCACUGUAGAGUUGGAUGUCAACCGAGGACGGGAUAUUGUGAGGGGCAUCGGCAUGUUGGGAAGUUUGAUGGCAAGGAACAAGGUCAAGAGCGACUUCAACAAGCAAAAGUUCCACGAAAGAGGCGGACUGAAGCGGAAGCGGUUGGCAUCUGAGCGGUGGAGAGCGAGGUUCCGAAAGGGUUUCCAGGACGUCACAAACCGCGUGACAGAAUUGACGAGGAAGGGAUGGUAG